AUGUUCUCUAGAGACGCUGCCCGACCCGCUGAGUCACUCCAGCACUUUGUGAACUUCUGCUCAAGUUGGAUCGCUCCAACUUGCAAAAUGAGAAAUAAAUAUUUUAUUCACCUCCUCAAUUAACAUUGGACCGUGGCAUUCAAAAGCAGACGACAUGUUGGGUUUGCGGCUGGCUUUUGUUUUUAAUGAGAUCUACAUACACUUGCAGCAUUCAUUACGACGUAUGCUUGGUUGGAAACAAGUUUAGUGGGUUUUUUAGUGAGAUUUAUUGUGGGUACUUGUUACUAUGGCGAUAGAUUUUUAAACCAGCCCAGUACAACCAAAUCCCAGGUGGUUCAGGAAUGAACUGAGAUUACAUUGGCAGGCACCAGAGUGCAAAAACCGAUACUGCAUCUGAUACAAACUGCACGCCACAGAUGUCAGACGACGCCUACAAAGAUAACGCUUUAGUUUUAAGUCGACGGGCAGUAAGGCGUGCUCCAAGAUUUCCAUAUGCGAUUCCAAACGGCGAUGGGACGGCGAUUUGUUUGCAGAAACACGUAUGAUGCUCCUUUAAAACGCCUGUGUGAUUGUGGUCACCAAUCAAGACUUCGGCUCGGUUUAAAUGAACGUCUGGAUCUAAAGAGCAGAAUCCAGUUGUAAAAUUUCAUUCCGAAAGCAGCUGAUUUGCUGCAAAACCAGAUCGAUUUUUAAAAUCGCGAUUCUCUGUCCAUGAAAAAAACGUUUUUUUGUUGUGGUUUUGGGUAAUACGAGAAUCUUUUUUGCUAUGCUAAGUUGAAGGGAUUCGAUCACCUUAAGGGGACUGUACUGUACUGUGGUCGUGGCGAGUGGAAACGCUAAAGUGGGAAAUGCUGGGAUCUCACCGCCUGGCGUUCCCCGGUAUCUGGUGAUUCUUGCAGUGACUCUGGGCGCCGAAGGCAUUCAUUACAAGACGUGUCGUGUUGCGUCGGGUAUUUAUACCGUUAAGCUCCGUUUCUCCACCUGAAUCGCUGGCGUGGAGGGAUGGCAAGGCGCUAGACGGCCCUGGGAGAUGUGCUGGUUUUUAUCCAUGGGUACUUUCCAGCCUACUUAGACUGUGAAUCGUGCCAACAUCGUGGGCGAGCCCGCGGUUUCUUGCUUCGAGCAAUAACAGCCAGGAGAUUAUCAGAGACGAACACUGGAGUUUGCGUGUGUGUGUGAAUGCGAGAGAGGAAAAAAUAGCUGUACCCGGACCCAGUACAACAGGCGAAUUUGGUACGCAACUACAAUCGCCGUAUUUAGCAAUCUCGGGCACACUAUCGCGACUGAAGGAAUGCUGUGCAUCAUGUUAAACCUUUGAGUCUGAUGACUGAUGACAGGACAUCCUAUUUCUGCCUCUUUUGGAACUAUUUCAGUGGGAGUGAAAGGGCUAACAAGCUUGGUUCAGUAGGCACGUGAACUAGUUCAUAAAUCUCAGGAGAAUUUCUACCAACUGAUGCAAAGCAGAAACACAACAGGAAACUAAAAGAGCUACAAGAAACACUGCAAGCGCUCUUGACAAGUGAACAUUUAAAAUAAAACUACAAACCUCAGCAAUGCUUAAUAAAAUAUGCAGCAAAAAAUAAGUGAGCCUAUUUCAACUCCUCCACAGAUGUCUUUUGAAGAGCUUGAUGGGCAAAUUCUUCCUUUUGUUUGGUGCUUUCUAAGCGGAUACGAAAUGAUUGCAUAGACCCCAAACUCCACAGCAACUCAAAGACAAUAUUUUUUUUUUCCUUGCAGCAUUAUGCCAGAAAUGAUUAUUCCAUGACAAUGGCGUGUAAAAGAGAUCUCUAUUUUUGGUCUGAGUGUUUAUCAUUGUUUUUAUUUCUGUUUAGUUUUCAAUGGCUUGUCCCAGUUAUCGGCAAGCCGAAAGGACCUUCGCGUCCCCAUAUGAAUUCCAUUAGGAUUGAUGGGGACAUAGCCCUGGGGGGGCUUUUCCCCGUUCAUUCACGGAGUGGGUCUGGUGCUAACUGUGGGCAGCUGAAGAAAGAGAAAGGGAUCCACAGGUUGGAAGCGAUGCUGUUUGCCUUGGACAGGAUCAACAACGAUCAGGAACUCCUUCCCAACAUAACACUGGGUGCUCGGAUCCUCGACACGUGUUCCAGGGACACCCACGCCUUGGAGCAGUCUUUGACCUUUGUCCAAGCUCUGAUUGAGAAAGACAGCACCGAUGUGAAGUGCAUGAGCGGAGGACCACCAAUCAUUACCAAGCCAGAGCGAGUGGUGGGAGUUAUAGGUGCAUCAGCAAGUUCUGUAUCCAUAAUGGUGGCCAACAUAUUGCGUCUUUUUAAGAUUCCUCAGAUAAGUUAUGCAUCCACAGCCCCAGAACUUAGUGACAACACCAGGUACGACUUUUUCUCUCGUGUGGUUCCUUCGGACACGUUCCAGACACAGGCUAUGGUCGACAUUGUCAAAGCACUGCGGUGGAAUUAUGUGUCUACCCUUGCCUCUGAGGGAAACUAUGGAGAGAGCGGAGUGGAAGCCUUCAUACAGAAAUCUCGGGAAGACGGUGGAGUCUGCGUGGCCCAGUCCCUGAAGAUUCCCCGAGACCCGAAGCGUGAAGUGUUUGCCAAGAUUAUCAGGCGUCUGCUAGAAACCCCCAAUGCACGAGGCGUCAUUAUAUUUGCAAAUGAAGAUGACAUCAGGCGCGUGCUGGAGGCAACCAAGAUGGCCAAUCAGACCGGCCACUUCCUGUGGGUUGGGUCAGACAGCUGGGGUUCAAAGGUCACGCCGGUGUUACGACAGGAAGAGGUGGCAGUGGGAGCCGUCACGAUCCUUCCCAAACGGGUGUCAGUUGAAGGUUUUGAUCGUUAUUUCAUGGGCCGCACUCUGGAGAAUAACAGAAGAAACAUUUGGUUCGCAGAAUUUUGGGAAGCAAACUUCAACUGCAAGCUGAGCCGACAUGGAUUUAAACGAGGAAGCCACGUUAAAAAGUGUACAGGUUUGGAAAGAAUUGGCCGGAAUAAUUCUUACGAACAAGAAGGGAAAGUACUCUUUGUGAUUGAUGCAGUUUAUGCAAUGGCACAUGCUUUGCACAACAUGCAUAAAGACCUCUGCCGCGGCUAUGUUGGACUUUGUUCCAAAAUGAAUCCCAUCGAUGGCAAAAUCCUUCUUGAAUACAUCCGAAAAGUCAACUUCUCUGGAAGCGCAGGAAUCCCUGUGACCUUCAAUGAAAAUGGAGAUGCCCCCGGCCAUUACGAUAUUUACCAGUACCAAAUGAAGGACAACUUAACACGUGCUUAUACAGGCAUUGGAGAAUGGGCGAACAAGCUUCGGUUAAAUACUAGUGCAAUGAAAUGGCCCUCCAGUUCCCGACGAAUCCCGGUGUCAAUUUGCAGCCUCCCGUGUAAACCAGGCGAGAGAAAGAAGAUUGUGAAGGGCAUUCCUUGUUGCUGGCACUGUGAACUGUGUGAUGGAUACCAAUACCAGGUGGAUAAGUACAAUUGUAAGGUCUGCCACUUUGACAUGAGACCCAAUGAGAACCACACAGAAUGCCAUCCAAUUCCUAUAGUGAAACUGGAAUGGUACUCCCCCUGGGCCGUUGCGCCUGUAUUUUUUGCAAUUAUUGGGAUCAUCGCCACACUGUUUGUCGUCGUGACCUUCAUACGCUACAACGACACACCCAUAGUCAAGGCAUCCGGACGGGAAUUGAGUUAUGUGCUUCUGACCGGGAUUUUCCUCUGUUACGCUAUUACCUUCCUGAUGAUAGCAGAGCCCGACGUGAUCGUCUGCUCCAUGCGGCGCAUCUUCCUUGGGCUGGGAAUGAGUAUCAGCUACGCGGCUCUGCUCACCAAGACCAACAGGAUAUAUCGGAUAUUCGAGCAAGGCAAGAAGUCGGUCAGUGCCCCCAGGUUUAUUAGUCCAGCCUCGCAGCUCAUGAUAACUUUCAGCUUUACCUCCGUCCAACUGCUGGGAGUGUGCAUCUGGUUCAUUGCCGACCCUCCCCACUCCUACAUCGACUACGACGACCAAAAGACUGCCAAUCCGCAGUUUGCUCGUGGGAUCCUCAAGUGCGAUAUUUCCGAUCUCUCCCUCAUCUGUUUACUUGGAUAUAGCAUGCUCCUCAUGGUCACCUGUACCGUGUAUGCCAUCAAAACCAGAGGGGUUCCAGAGACCUUCAAUGAGGCCAAGCCCAUUGGAUUUACCAUGUAUACCACCUGCAUUGUCUGGUUGGCCUUCAUUCCAAUAUUUUUUGGGACUGCUCAGUCUGCAGAAAAAAUGUAUAUUCAAACCACCACGUUGACGAUCUCCAUAAAUCUGAGUGCUUCUGUGUCGCUAGGCAUGCUGUAUAUGCCCAAAGUUUAUGUAAUCCUAUUCCACCCAGAGCAGAACGUGCAGAGACGUAAGCGCAGUCUAAAAGCUGUCGUGACAGCAGCCACAAUGUCCAACAAGUUUACCCAGAAAGGAAAUCUCCGCCCCAAUGGAGAAGCCAAAACCGAACUAUGUGAAAAUCUCGAAACCCAAGCAUUGGCUACCAAGCAAACAUAUGUCAGCUACAGUAAUCAUGCAAUCUGAAUGAACAAGACACUCCAGAAGGGUCUGUCACGAAUUUACAGUUGAAGAAAGAUAGAUGCAUCGAUGGUCUGGAUGUCCCGUUGCAGAUGCUAACAAGGGCCAUUACAGAGUUCCCAACAGACUGAUAGUAAAAGGAUUGUAUCCAAGCUUAACGUUCACCUGGAGACCCAAAAUACCAAGAUGACAAACUGCACGGAAGGAGGAUGACAAUUCCUGGAUCUUUUGAUUCCUUGAUGAUUUGUCACCAGAAUUAACUCCCUUUAAAUCUUGUGAAGUUGUCCGUGAUUGUGUCAGAGUUGUUUUUAUUUCUAUUGAUUUUGAACUUAAUCUAUGUGUUGCGAAAUGAAAUAUGUCUAAGUGCUCACCAAAUAGAUGGCAAGUCAAUGUAUGUCACAAACUGACUGAAAAAAAAAUGUCUGCUUUAUGUCCUGACCAAUCAAAAGUACAGUGCCUGGUUGUUUAUGAAUACGUAAUGGAAAGUGUAGAGCAUGUUCAUUUUUUAUACAAAAAACAUUUCUAAUAAAAUAGUGUUUUGCAAGUCUAUGCGAUUUCUUU